GGCCUCUUCCUCUACGGCUGGACAGCCGAAUACGAAAUCCACUGGAUAGUCCCCAACAUCGGCACCUGCAUUUUCUCCAUCGGCCUGAUCGUCUGCUUCAACUGUGCGCAAGGUUACGUCGUAGAUACCUACACCACCUACGCCGCCUCUGCCACGGGCGCUGCAGCUUUUGUUCGAACGAUGGCCGGAUUCAGUUUUCCGCUGUUUGCGCCGAGAAUGUACAAGGUGCUGGGCGUCGGGUGGGGGAAUUCUGUUUUGGGGUUUGUGAGUUUGACGCUGGGG